UCGCCUGUUUCUAAACAUGGCGGGUGAGAGGUGAAAUACAAGAGGAGUGGAUUGUUCCAUUCGAUUAGGCUGGGAACCAGGCAACAGUGCCCUGUUACAGCAAAUAGAGAACCGAGAUGAGCGCCAGGAGGAAAAAGAAGGACGAAAAGCCACCGCCCGCCACGGGCCCAGGGAGUAAAAUCAUCUCCCUCCCCGAUCCCGUCAAGAAAUACCUCAAAAAGCUCCCCGAUGGCAAGAAAAUCCAUUUGAAAUUCGGUAAUGGAAAUUGGAAAUCGUUGCCAAUUGAAAUUUACAAUAAUGAAGAACUUAGUCAGCUGGCAGUGAAAUUUACAGCGGAAAAUAAUCGUCUGAAGAGGCUUCCGAAAGGAAUAGCAGCUCUGGAUAAUUUGGAAUCUAUUGACAUUACCAACAACACGCUGUCAACUUUCCCAGGUUCUGUAUCUAGAAUGAAGAAGCUUGAAGUUUUGACAAUUAAGAACAAUGCAAUUAAGAAAUUGCCGCCAGCAAUACACAAAUGUACAGGAUUACAGAAGCUGUAUGCCUCAAAUAACAAGAUUCGUUCUCUUCCAAAAAACAUUGGAAAGUCUUCCAUUGCUUACAUGGACUGUUCGUCAAACUUGAUCCGAUCCAUCAAGAAAGGACUCUACGAAAUGACCGCUGAGGUGGACCUAUCGGACAAUCGAAUCACAGAGAUGCCAACAGCAGCCGUCAAAAAACCCAACAUACAAAAGCUUAAUUUGGCGCAAAAUGGCGUUACUUUGAUUCCCGAGAAUAUCGACAAACUCUCGCGUCUCACGUGGUUAGACCUUUCGCAUAACGCCGUACAGGAACUUCCGGCGCAGAUAGGAGGAGUACGUUACCUCCAUUACCUGAAUCUUUCCCAUAACCACAUCAAAACCUUACCGGAGGAAAUUUGCAAUCUAGGAUACGCACUUGACCACCUGGACCUCUCUCACAAUGAAAUACCGGUGUUACCAGACGGAAUCAAGAGCCUUCGAAAGUUGACUUAUCUUGACGUUUCCAAAAAUGAAGUUGAGUACCUCCCCGAGAGCAUAAGAGAUCUUCCGUGCUUAACCACAAUAGGAGUUUCUGAAAAUCAACUUCGAUCGAUGAAAUUUGCAGUGUAUCUAAAACAGUUAGAACACCUGUAUCUCUCGAAAAAUUCGAUCGAGGUUAUACCAGAUGAGAUUGAUCAAAUGAAGUCGCUUAUGACACUUGAUCUUUCGUGGAACAAAAUUAAAGAGGUACCUGGUAGCAUAGGAAACGUUAAAAGUUUGAAGAGUUUAAACCUGUGCGGAAAUAAGAUCUCUACCAUACCAGAAAGCCUAGGUCAAGGUCAAGUAUUGACAUUUUUAGAUCUAUCCCACAACCGCUUAACAGUGCUACCAACGGACCUUAGAAAAUUACGAAAUCUUGAAACUUUCCAUGUUAGUCAUAACGAAAUUGCGCUCAUGCCGAAAUCCAUCGACUUUUUGUAUCAACUACGGUCUUUGGACGUUUCGCAUAAUGGUCUGAAUGAGUUGAACCUCCCAAAAACUCUGACACAUCUAAACCUGUCAGACAACCCUCUAUCCAUCAACCCAACCGACCUCAGGUCCGCCAUUGUUGUCAUGGGCGACAAAGAUCACCUUAGAAACCUGACGUCACUUUCACUUUGCAAUCUUGGUUUGGAUGAGAUUCCACCAAGCGUUUUCAACCUUAGAUGCCUUAAACACCUCGAUGUUUCAAACAAUUCGUUAAAAACAUUGACAAACAACGUUUGUAAAAUGAGAGGUUUAGCAUCCAUCACUGCAUGCCACAACGAAAUAGCAGCUCUACCUGAUAAAAUAAGUGCGCUUAAAAAAUUAGAGAAACUCCAUGUUUCUCACAAUAGCCUCACUGACUUUGCACCAAGCCUAGGACGCUUGGUGUCCUUGUGCGAUCUUAAUAUGUCAAACAACAAAAUCACACUUUUACCAGACAACUUUGGCGAUCUAAACAAAUUGAUUUCUAUGGAUCUCUCCGAGAACGAGCUCCUAAAUUUCCCAAAAGAUCAAAUUGAUGUUCUGGCUUCUUUAUUGCAGCUUAAUAUUUCCAAGAACCAUAUUGACCAAAUGCCGAUAGAAUUUCCUUAUCUUUAUAGACUCAAAGUACUCAGGGCAGCAAGUAACGACCUCAAGUCGAUCCCAAACGACAUGGAUAGAAUGAAAUCAUUGGAAAUUCUGGAUCUCUCGGAUAACAUUAUCGAAUCCUUACCGGAAAAGAUCUGCAAAAUGCCGGAACUGAAAGAGAUUAAUGUUUCCGAGAACAAAAUCACCAGAGGCUGGCCAAAAGCUUGGGAAAAUCUUCGUCAAAAAAUAAAAGUUGAAAAUGCUGACCAAGAGAGUUUUAAGGAACGACAGCCGCGGGAACGACCGAGCGACAAAGUGGCAGAGACACAGGUCAGUCCAAAGUCAGCAAAACGCGGGAAAAAGAAAGUCUCGCCAAUCGGAACGCCUCCCAUCAAAUCUCGCGAGAAGUCUGCUCCUGUGAAAUAGACUGAUCAGCCCAAUACAAUGGAUUCUUCUGUGGAGAAUGUAUACAUAUUGGUCCUUAUGAGGUGAACAAUUAAAAACAGAAGGGCAUGCAUUUGUAUUCUUUUUAAUUUUAGCAGAAUUUUCUUUAUACACAUGUACAUUUAGAAUUCACAGUAAUCAAAUCUUUACUAAAAUGUCUUUAUCUGCUCAUUAAUAUUAAUUUGUGAUUUAGAUAUUUUUUCUAGUCAUGUUUGUAUUCAAUUUUAUUUUUUUUUCUAAAUACUUCAUAAUUUUUCAGUUCUUUUUCUGUAGGUGCUAUAUACAUGUAUUAUUUUCCAACUACAAAAAACGUAAACCUUUUUUCCCCAUAAUUUUAAAUGUCAGUUAGUGUUUUCAUAAUUUCAUUUUUAAAUCACUUCACAUUUAAUUGGGAUGUUUAAUCAUACAUAGCCUAUGUAAAUCAUCUUGCAGCUGAUUGAUUUUCCCACCCUGGAUAGGCGUAUCAGCACCGUAUCUACCCCGGCUAUAAAUUCCAAUUAAAGGCCCAUCAACCCGCUCUGAUAUAAAAAACAGAACAAUACAUGCAGUUGAUCAAUUCCUUAUUACACUCGACCUCUGGGACAGACGUAUUUAGGUCUGAUUUAAAUAUCCGUAUUUUAUUUUAUCAUCUUUGUUAAAAGGUUCUUGUUAUCUAACAGAGUUUAUCAAAGAGAGAUCACAAUGAUUUAAUGUAUUAAUGCGUCUAAUGAUAUAACAAUGCCUGGUGCUAUUUCCAGAAUGCCUUACUGACACUGUUAAUGAAUUGCUCACAUCAACAGACUUGUUUUGCAAAAAAUUGAUAUAUUUUUAAAUUCUAAUGUAUACUAGUAUUUCGAGCAUUCAUUGUGCAAGUUUGACGUUUAUCUGGUAGCCUGUUUCCCUUGCCUACCCAUAAUGCUCCACAAUUGCGAAGCAUUUCGGAUAGGCCAGGCAAACAGACUAGUUUAUCCCGAUAUUUAAUUAUUUGUGUGGAUAACCCCACCCCACCCCCUUUCCGUGCUACCUUUCAUGUUUACAAUAUAAUUAAAGCUUUAAAGUUGUUGCAUUUUCCCCAUUUCAAGUGCAUUUUUUUUCGUAAUGUGUAGCAUUUUAAUUCUGUUCUUAGCAUUUUUUAGCUAAUUUUGUAAUUACGUGUAUACAUCGUUGACAUUUUAUGAAUAUCUGUGAUAUUAGUAUAGUUGUUAAUAUUGUACAAAGCAUGGCAAUAAAUGACUUCUUAGUUUAA